CGGAAGCGGCGCUCGGACGCGAUUAAAAUGGCGGCGUCGUGAAGUUGCAUGUUGUUGUGGGGGACCCCCAGCUGAGUCCGUUGGGAGGAACCGCCAGUUGCCGCCGCCGCCGCCGCCCUCUCCCCUGCCUCCCUCCCUCCCGCCCGCCAUGGCCGUGACCGUCACCCUGAAGACCCUCCAGCAGCAGACCUUCAAGAUCCGCAUGGAGCCUGACGAGACGGUCCGAGUUCUUAAGGAGAAGAUUGAGGCUGAAAAGGGCAAGGAAGCGUUCCCAGUGUCGGGACAGAAGCUUAUCUAUGCUGGCAAGAUCCUGAGUGAUGAUGUCCCUAUCAAGGAGUACAAGAUUGAUGAGAAGAACUUUGUGGUGGUGAUGGUCACCAAGAACAAAACAGGCUCAGGAGCUCCUGUCCCCUCACCAAGUGAGGCAGCACCCCCAUCAGAGCCUGCACCAUCCUCUGGACAGAUGCUGCUGCCUGGAGCAGCUACUGUUUCACCCCCACUAGGAACUCCAACAAGUGAGGAGAAGCCUCCUGAAGAGUCAGUGACUGUUUCCCCCCAGGAAUCAGUUGGCUCUGUUCCCUCUUCAGGUAGCAUGGGACGUGAAGAUGAUGCAGCUUCCACUUUAGUUACUGGCUCAGAGUAUGAGACAAUGCUGAAUGAAAUCAUGUCAAUGGGCUAUGAGCGAGAGCGGGUGGUGGCAGCUCUGCGGGCCAGCUACAACAACCCUCACCGGGCUGUGGAAUACCUGCUAACGGGUAUCCCAGGUAGCCCAGAACCAGAGAGAGCCUCCAUCCAAGAGAGCCAGCCUCAAGAGCAGUCGGCACCAGAAGGAGAGAACCCUCUGGAAUUUCUGCGAGACCAGCCCCAGUUCCAGAACAUGCGUCAGGUGAUCCAGCAGAACCCAGCUCUGCUCCCAGCCCUGCUCCAGCAGUUAGGCCAAGAGAACCCUCAGCUGCUGCAGCAAAUCAGCCAACACCAGGAGCAGUUCAUUCAGAUGCUCAAUGAACCACUGGGUGAAGUACCUGACAUCGCAGACAUUGAAGGAGAGAUGGGUGCUAUUGGGGAGGAAGCCCCUCAGAUGAAUUACAUCCAAGUCACGCCUCAGGAAAAAGAAGCCAUAGAAAGGUUAAAGGCCUUGGGCUUCCCUGAGAGCCUGGUGAUCCAGGCCUACUUUGCUUGUGAGAAGAAUGAGAAUCUGGCGGCCAACUUCCUGCUGAGUCAGAACUUUGAUGACGAGUGAUAAAAGAAAAGAGUUUUAUAUAAAAUUCUCUAUAUAAAUAUUCGUUUAUUUAAAGGGGCACGUAUUGGGAUAUGGGGGAACGGUAUGAUUUUAGAAUGUCCCAGGCAAUUUUGCUGGCUGGAGGAAAAUACUCUACCUUGGAAAACUGGGCAGCUGGGGAAAAAGCAGAACUAACGCACCUUCUCCUCUUUCCCUCCCCAAAAAACAAGGGCUGCCUUUGAGCCCAGCUGCAUCCCACGACAGUCUUUGGACUGGCAAGCAGGAUGUUCAGGGAAAGGUUGACAUGGCAGAUGGGUUCGAUUGGACCUCCUCCCAUCUGAGCUGAUUGCGUGUGUGCAAACAGAUUGCUCUUUUGUUUGCAAAUCCCUCCCCCCUCCCUCCCCCCACCAAUGCACAGUGCUACAAUGCCUAAAUGUGUCUGGGCUCAUCAACUAAUUCUGUCAGUAGUAUUAUUCCCUUCCCUUUCCACUGGCCUUUGAAAGAAGUCCAGUUCUUCAUCCGUGUUCCAGAGAGCUGCUUGCACUAGGUGGGUGACCUGCCUUCUGAUGAUCUUUUUGAUAGCUGUGCUUGCACUGAAGAGGCUGUGCCACGAUGGAGGAAUACCUUGUAAUGUUGCACAUAAAUCCCCUUUCCCAGCCCUGGUAUUACCUUUCAUCCUCCUCUGCUAAGCAGCCACCCACCGUGUAACUGCAGCUCUUUAGCACUCUUCUUAAAUUAAUUCUCAGAAGUAGCACUGGAAAUUGGGGCCUGGUG